AUUUCUGUUUGCGGAUCAGCACAAACGGAGUGAUCCAAAACUGUGAGGAACUAUUGCUGGUGUCGACCGAAGUGGAUUUUCCUUUUGCAUCUCAGGAGGUCCAGACAUAUUAAAAAUGUAUGAAGCUGAAGAAAUACCACAAAUGAGGCGAGAGUUCUCUCUUGUUUGCCAGUCUGACAUUGUAUUUGCUUAUCCUGGAGAUGAUGUUGUUCUGUCCUGUCAUCUUGAGCCAGCUAUUAGUGCUGCUGCAAUGGAAAUCAAGUGGCGGUAUAAGGUGGAUCUUGUCUGUCAUUAUAAGGAUGGGCAGGUGACAGAGAGUAGAGGCUAUGAGGGGAGAGUAAGUCUCUCAAUACAAGAUCUACAAAGAGGAAAUGUGUCUUUGACACUCAGAGACAUCAGAGGAUCACAGAGGGGCAUCUAUAUCUGUGAGGUCACCCAUGAAUGGCAAACAAAACAAGAAUAUAUCUUUCUUUAUAUCAGCUCUGAAAACUUAAGACUUGUGGUUCCUACUGACACCAUAUCUGCUGAUGCUGGAGCAGAUGUCACCCUGCCUGUUCAUCUCUCACCUGAAACCAGUGCAGUUUCCAUGACAAUCAAGUGGUUUAGAGGGACAGAGCUCAUUUAUCAGUACAACAAUGGACAGGGGACAACAAACAGACGCUAUGAGAACCAAGUGGGUCUGUCUAUUCAGGAACUGGAGAGAGGAAAUCUUUCUCUGAAUUUGAGAAAUGUUCAGCAGUCUGAUUCAGGAGAAUACACUUGCAAAGUUAUUCAAGAUGGAUAUCUGAACACAGGAAUAGUUCACUUGCGAGUGAGAGAGAUUGACAAGAGUGAUUUUACAAGGCAAAGGCACCUGCAGGAUAUCCUAACACAAGUACAUGAUGAUAUUAUGCAACAAAAACUGGAGGAAAGCAUCAAAUCACUAUCUCUACUAUCUCAUAGUAGAUAUAAAAAGAAAAAAACAUCUGUUGAGCCUACAUCCAGACGGACAAAUAGUAUGGAAGAAAAUCCUCCACUCUUGGGAGAUGGCAGCUCAGAGGAGAGCCGGGAAAUAGAAGACAUUUUUGUUACAGGUCCUACAUCUAGGCGGACAAAUAGCAUGGAAGCAAUUCCUCCACUCAUGGCAGUGGGAGGUGAUAGCAUACUGGAGAGACCGGAGAUGGAAGAGGAGAGGGAGCAUAGACAAAAUCUCAGUCUUUAUUUCAGCAACUUUUAUACUUUGGAUUACGUAUCAAACACGGAAAGAGAGAGUGGAAAUCAAAAUACAAGACAAACAAGAGAAAGGGGAAUAGUCACCGCACAAGCAAGAUCCUUCCCAGCUAUGCCAUCACUGUUUCUGCAAACAACAUCAGCAAGAGAUUACACACUAACACAAGAGAUGUCGGAAGCAACAAUGCAAAGGACUCCACAAGGAAGUAUUGCUACAGCACAAGAAACAUCCACUCCAGCUAUGCCAUCACAGGAUCCACAAAGAGAAAGAACAUCUGGAUCAGCCAUGCCACCAGCAGGAGGGAGGACACAAGCACAAGAGAGGCCAGGAUCCAGCACACCAAGGACUCCAAGGAGACAUGAAAGUACAGAGAAAAACUGCCAAAUUUUGUAAUUAAACAUGUACAAUUACCACUGGUCUACUUUGGUUAGCAUUAGCAAACUUUUGUUUAGCUGACCAUAUUUGAUUUGGUUUUGGCAUCAGGACCCACAGCAGCUGACUUCAUGACAGCUUCUUCCCCCAAGCAAUCAGAUUUUUGAACUCUGAUCGCUCAUGAUACAUAUAUCAGCACUGCACUUUUUCAGCAACAGACUGCAGAUGUCAAGACUUCUAGUGAAAAAGGAGGUUCAUUUUAGUCUGCUCUCACCCACAACUUGUUAUAUUGCUUCAGAAGACAUGGAUUAAAACAUGGAGUCAAAUGGAUUGCCUUUAUGCUACCUUUAUGUCCUUUUUAGAGCUUGAAAGUUUUAAACCCCAUUCAUUUACAUUGUAUGUAAAAACAGAUAUAUCCUAAAAAAUAUCUUUGUUUGUUUUCCGUAGAAGAAAGUUAAAUGAGUUAGAGAUAACAUGAUGAUGAGGAAAUGAUGAUAAUAUUAUAAUUAUUUGGUAAACUAUUCAUUUUAAAUGUGCUGUAAUGUGUUUAGUUUCUGAUAGUUUUUAGUCUUUGUUACGUCCCAGGACAUAUUUGUUGGUUCCUUCCUUUGUCAACAUAUUUUGUUCAAUUGCAUCUAUAGAUGUAUGGCAUUUUCCACUUUGUGUUGUGGUUUUCCUGUUUUGUUUCUGUCUAUCUCUCUCUUCCUCUGGAAUUCUUACAAGGUGAUUAACAUCAGGUGUCUGCAAUGAUGAUUACCAAUCUCUCCCCUGUCUGGAUUGGUUGGUAAUGCUGCUGCUGCUUCUUCUUCUUCUUCUUCUUCUUCCUUUGAUGUUACAUUUGUGAAAGUAGUAUGUGAAAGAAAGCUAUUCAUUUACAGGACCUUUCAA